ACAUGCCGUUAACCAGACGAUACCAGUGUUUCUCAUCCAAUCCCCCCUGUUCUCCCAGUGCUGUCAUUUUCCUCAGUUGCUCCCUCGGAGUCAUGAUUCACCACCUUCAAACUCUGAGGUCAAAAAGGACAAGAAGACUUGAAGUGAUCGGAGAUCUGUGAAGAGUUUGUUCUUCAGAUAUCACUGACAGUCAAACAGCCUCCGUCAGUAUCCACCCAGAUCUUGCAUAAACAAAGAGGAGGAGCUGCCGUCUGCUCACUGACCAAUAAAAAGCCCCGUCAAAACACUAAUUGUCACUGCCCCUUGGUGACUCAGGUUGUGAAGUAGAGAUGAACGCUUUCCAGGUAAUUUCCAUCGCUUUGCUGUCCGUCCUGGCGGCUAAUGCUCAGGUCAUCGCACCUGGAAGAUGCCCCAAGCCUGCUGUUCAGAAAGACUUUGACACCACCAGGUAUCUUGGUAAAUGGUAUGAGAUCCAGAGACUUCCAAACCUUUUCCAAAAGGGAGAUUGUUGCACUGCCACCUACAGCCUGAAGAGCCCUGGAGUGGUGGGUGUCCUCAACAGCGAGCUGCUUUCUGAUGGCAACAUUAGCUCUGUCGUUGGCACCGCUGUGACUGCAGAUCCAUCUGAGCCUGCCAAGCUGCUCGUCUCCUUCUUUGAGAACUCUCCUCGUGGUCCCUACUGGGUUCUGUCCACCGACUACGACAACCACGCCCUGGUGUACAGCUGCACCGACGCCGGCCUUUUCCAUGUGAAUUUCGCCUGGAUCCUGAGCAGGCAGCCCACCCUCCCUGAGGAGACCCUGGAGGAUCUCAAUGGCAUUCUGUCCUCCAUUGGUGUCAAGUUGGACAAGCUGAUCACCACCAACCAGGAUGCAGCGACCUGUAGUGUCAUGCAGCAGUAAACACAAAUAAGGCUGGAGGCACAAAGGCGUCCAUUGAUGACACAGAGUGGCAGUGGUGUAAAACCUCGUGGAAAGCAAUGUCUCUAAUUCAAACAGCAGCAUUUUGGAGAGAAGGCAACACAAGAAGUCUGAACUGCC